UUGCCAAUAGUCAAAUCUUCCUCUAACUUUCCCAGAAACCCCAUCAGAGAAAGUGAAGACGCAAGAAAAUUAUUACGUGACCAUCUCUCUCUCUCCAUAUCUUAACAUUCUCUGCCUCCAUAUAUCCCUCUAAGAACCCCUCUCUCUCUCUCUCUCCCUCUCCUUGCAAUCCAUGGCCUCUUCUUCAGCUAGCUUAGACACUUCUGCAAACUCCUAUUUCACUUUCCCUACACCCAACCCCUUUAUGACCACCUCCUUCUCUGACCUCCUCGCCUCACCCCCCUCCGCCGGCGUUGACACUACCGGAAGCGGUAAACGGCGUGGAUUAUCGGAUCGUAUUGCAGAGAGAACGGGGUCUGUUGUUCCAAAAUUCAAGUCUAUUCCUCCUCCUUCACUGCCCCUCUCUCCACAAGCCGUCUCUCCUUCCUCUUACUUUUCCAUCCCUCCUGGGUUGAGCCUAGCUGAGCUCCUCGAUUCCCCUGUGUUGUUGAAUACCUCAAAUAUUUUGCCAUCUCCAACUACUGGAACAUUUGCAGCUCAGGCGUUGAAUUGGAAGAGCAAUUCAGGCAACAAUAACACUACCAACAACAGUAAAUUUGUCAAACAAGAAGACAAUAACUACUCGAGCUUUUCCUUCCAAACCCAGACAAAACCAGAGAUGAUUCAAACGUCAAAGCAACAACCAUGGAAUUUUCAAGAACAAACUAAACUGGACACGGUGAAAUCUGAAUACGCUCCUGUGAAGAACUUCUCCUCUGAAAUUGCCACAAUUCGAACCAACGAUCAGAACAACAGAGCUUACCAAUCUGAUUAUGGAAACUAUCAAAAUUCAGUAAGAGAACAGAAAAGAUCAGAGGAUGGUUAUAAUUGGAGAAAAUAUGGACAAAAACAAGUGAAGGGAAGCGAGAACCCAAGAAGCUAUUACAAGUGCACAUACCCAAAUUGCCCUACAAAGAAGAAAGUUGAGAGGUCUUUACAUGGACAAAUAACGGAGAUUGUUUACAAGGGUAGUCACAACCAUCCUAAGCCUCAAUCUACCCGGAGAUCAUCAUUAUCGUCAGCUAAUUCUCAUGCAAUCCAGGCUUCAAAUGCACCCAAUCCUAUCAAUGAAGUCCAGGAUCAGUCCCUCUCUCUAUCACAAAUGGAAUCUGUUGCGACACCAGAGAAUUCAUCAAUAUCAGUUGAAACUGACGAUUUUGAUCGGAGCUCUCAGAAGAGUAAAUCUGGUGGAGGAAAUGAGUUUGAUGAAGAUGAACCUGAGGCCAAAAGAUGGAGAAGGGAGAGUGAAAAUGAAGGCAUAUCAGCUGUUGGAAGCAGAACAGUGAGGGAACCAAGAGUGGUUGUUCAAACAACAAGUGACAUUGAUAUCCUUGAUGAUGGGUAUAGAUGGAGGAAAUAUGGCCAAAAAGUUGUCAAGGGAAAUCCCAAUCCAAGAAGCUAUUACAAGUGUACGUAUCCGGGAUGCCCUGUAAGGAAGCAUGUAGAGCGAGCAUCUCAUGAUCUCAGGGCAGUGAUCACAACCUAUGAGGGCAAGCACAACCACGAUGUCCCGGCUGCUCGUGGCAGCGGCAGCGGCAGCCACUCCCUCAACAGGUCUUUGGCCCCGGACAACAACCCAUUAAUUGCUACGAGGGCUCCCUCCAGCCAGACAAGGGUUCCAACAGCUUCUGAUGGACAAGGACCCUAUUCAGUGGAGAUGUUUCAGAGCCCAGGAAGUUUGGGGCUCUCAGGAUUUGGAGCGUACAUGAAUGAAGCAAUGGAGUAUGAGAAUGUGUUGUUCUCCAGAGCCAAGGAGGAGCCAAGGGAUGACAAUCUGUUUAUUGAAUCCUUGAUAUACUGAAAACUUUGCAGAGACACAACUUUUGAAGGUUUGGAAAAUAAAGUCAGUUGGUGUUUUUUGGUUCAUUUGGAUUAUUUAUUAUGUUUAUUGUAUUUCCACUUCUAUAGGGGGGGUAUUUUAUGAUGUAUAUUAAAAUGAAAGGUGUCAUUGAUGUAGGGAUCUUUAGCUUCAUAUGUAUAUUUUUUUUUUCCAUUGUUUUGGGGGUGGUGCACGGCCUCAACUCAAUUCUGUAUGAAUCUGUUGAUUUUAUUUAUUUGUUUAUUUAAAUUAAAUGAGAUUGUCAUGAAAUCUUAGCCUAA